AUGUCAACUGAUUCCAUAGAUUUGAAGGCAAGAGUUUCUCACGAAAGCUAUCCUCAGAGUAAGAUUGCCAUUUGCGGCGAUGGAGAGGAGUUUAUUCGUCUUGGGAACAAAAAGUUUUAUAGGCAUGAAUUAAUGACAGCUUUUGGAGGAACAUUAAACCCAGACCGAUACGCACAAUAUCCAGUUCAUCAGUUUGGAAAUGCUGCAGCCUUGGGGUUAGCCGGAUAUUCUCUUACAACUUUUGUUCUUGGGCUAUAUUACACAGGUGUCUUGGGUAUAGUUGUACCUAAUGUUGUAAUUGGACUAGCCAUGUUCUAUGGGGGUACAAUAAUGUUUCUUUCUGGAACUUGGGAGCUUGUGAUUGGUAACGCAUUUGCUGGAACAGUAUUGACCAGUUAUGGAUGUUUUUGGUUUUCAUUUGGAAGUAUAUACAUUGAAGCAUUCGGGAUUUCUGCAGCAUAUGCUGACGAACCUGAGCAGCUUCAAAAUGCAAUUGGAUUUUAUCUAAUUGGCUGGCUCAUUUUCACCUUUUUGAUGACUUUGUUAACCGUAAAAUCGACAGUGCUAUUCUUCAGCUUAUUUGUCUCAUUGAACGUUCUUUUUUCAGUUCUAGCAGCAGCAAACUUUACUGGAAGUGCUAGUGCUUCAAAGGCUGGCGGAAUCGUUGCAAUUGUUGCUUCAAUUUUAGGAUGGUUCAAUACUUUUGCUGGUGUUGCAACUAAACAAAAUUCGUAUUUCACUGCAAAUCCUAUCCCAAUUCCAAUAUUUGGAAAAACAGAAUAG